UAUUGGCUUGCGAGCACGACGCAACGUGGGCAAACACGGAAAUGAAUCCUACCUGAUGGGUGCUUUUGUUUUCGUUUUCAAUUAAUGUGACAGAAGUACAGGUGUGUCCUAACUUCUUUUUUUUAAACGACUUAGAUUUAACAGAAACAAUGAGUGACUUCCCAGUGAAUCCCUUGGUUUGGAUUGGCGUGGGCUCCAGCUUUGCCUUCUCUGGCUUGUUUUAUCACUUAUACCAAGAAAAGAAAAAGGAGCUGAAAAAACUAAAGGAGAUUCCCAUUUUCAGGCCAGAUCAUCACUUGGUGAAAAUACUGAAGGCCUCGCCCCGCAAACGCCUCCAGUAUGUCGCCGUGGAAGGGCUGGUGCAGGCGGACGGGGAGCCUCUGGGCAGCCGGUUUGUCCCACGAUGCUUCGGUGUGAUUCAGAAGAUAGAGGUGGCCGAGCACUGGAGCUACUGGAACUCCCUCACCAGAACAUGGAACUCUCGGAAGGUGAACAAGACGGAAACCUGCAACACGGUGCCCUUCAGCCUGGUGUGCCCGGGGCUCUACAUCAGCGACAUGUAUGUGAAGGUGCAGGACCCUCUGGACGCCUCGGGUGCCUUCCUGGAGCGGGUCCACCACCGGGUCAGACGGGCCGAGGAGGGCGUGAUGGGCUUGGUGCUGCAGGGCCUCAGCGGAGAGAAACCCGUGGCGCAGGAGGAGAGCGAGCAGCUGCUGCGGGUCGGGACCACGCUGACCGGGUUCGGGGAGGUGGUGCUGGAGGGGGGCGAGGUCAUGAGGCUGCAGGCCCCUCAGGACGGGCGCCGGUUCCUCCUGGUGCCCACGGACCACGGGAGCUUCAUGGACCGGCAUGAAAGCUCGGCCCAGAUGUGGAAGGCGCUGACUGCCGUCUCCGGGAUCACCGGGGCGUCUCUGCUGGCAGCCGUGGUUUACAGCCUGGUCGGCAAACAGGACGACAGGUCCAAGUAGGCCUGAGGAGGAGGAGGCCGACCGCUGCACACACUGUCAUGGCAGCCCUCUGGGCACCACGACGGGAACAGCCUCAGGUGUUUGGUCAACACUGUUUUACUGACGACAAGGGCUGGGCGAGGUACUGACAUCCUGAGAUCAGCUGGGACUGCAGAUAUUGUUAUAUUGAGAUAUUACUUAAGUGAUGUCUUCCUUGUUUUAGAGGCUGCGUUAUACGAAACAAAUGCAAAUCUCUGAACUUAUUAGACUGUUAUAGUUAUUUUUCUCAACCUACUUGAUCAUCAUAUCCACGUUUAGAAAAAAUCUUGUGUAGAUAUCUCAUGAAAGCACCAACAGUCAUUUGAUUUUGCCCAUAUCGCCCAGCCCUAUCAGAAUAUUAAAAGAAACUUUUUUAAUUGCACUUUUUGUAAUAAAGUUACAAGUUGCUUAACAGAAAGAAAAAAGAAUUUAAAACGAAAGGGGGAGAAAAAAACGUAAAAUAGCCAGGAAUUAAAAUGGUGUAGCACAAAAUUAUAAACUGUCGAAAGUGGGAUUAUAAAACACAGCGACGCAUCAAAUACUUAUGAAAGCUUUCCGAUUAAAUGUUUUAAGAGGAGAUCUAAAACAGUAAAGAUGUGUGAGCUUUUAGUCACGUUGGGUAACCGGCAGAGACCCUGGAAUAACACGGCGCUCUGUUGUAAAGGUAAAUUCUGUUGUUUUGCUUUGUUUCACUUGAAUUCCCACCGAUGGGUUCAUCGUCCUGUCAUGUUGCCAGGUGCAUCACAGCUCCAACCGGGGUUACUUUGAGCCAAAAUUAUGAAAUAUGUUUUUUUUUUUGUUGUCGUUUUUGUUUAAGUCAAAAAUGCCGUAAAUGACAUGAUAAUCAAGGACCAAAUACUUAGAACUCAGGACCUGAUGGCAAGUCAUGUUUGUCUGGAUCUGUAAGGGAUAGUAAAUGUUUUUAUAAAUAAACUAUAUUUUUAUAACCAUGGAUGAUUAACAUUGAAUUAGAACAAAAACUGUGGUAUUAAGAUAUAAUCACUGAGCUUUACUUUAAUUUUUACUGUAUUUUGCUUUGCAAGCCUGUCAAAUGUGAGCCUGAUCAUAGAGAUAAUUCUACUUCCUUCACUGUCAGAGCGAGUUUCCAGGCAGUGUUUUCCAGACGGGUUGGCGCAGGACUCGUGGGCUGGGUCUGUGCAGCAGAUUAUUUCCUACCUCUUUCCUUGCGGUAUUUCAACUGUAUCUUCUGUAGGCUGCAGUCGAUGUUCAGAAUUCAUAAAAGAUUAAACACUGAUCACUGAAACAGCCGAAUCCCUUCAAAUUGUAGUCGUGUGUACCCAAUAAAACCUCUUCUCCAUACCGA